GCCCAGUUCUGUUUGUCAAAUCCAUAAUAGGAUGAUAUCUUAUAGAAGGAGAAACAACAAAUUUGGAUGAAGUAGGUCUUAAUAUAAAUGGAGACAAGCUCUACAUAUCACCAGAAUCUUCGAAGGUUAAAUAUUAAAAAAUUACUAAUGUGAAAUGUCCUGCAUCCCAUUAAUAGUAUGGGCUACUUAAUAAUAUUAUGCAUAGUAAUUCUCUAUGCUAUUGCGAUGAUUUCCCAAACACCAGCAAAGACAUCAAAAUAUAGGUUUAUUAUUCUAUAUAAAUCAUUAUAUGUGUGCACAUCAAAAAUGGAGCUUUAGGUUUAUGCAAUGUUCCAUAAUUAUUUGCAACUAAGGUUAUCAACAAAGCAGAAUAGUAAGAGGUGCUUGUGCAUUUACAGUAGGUAGAAUAGAACAAUAUUCAAUUAUACAAUGGAUCACAGAUUGAUGAGGUGAUUUCUGCAAUUAAGUAGUAAAUAUUUACAGAUAGGUAAAUAAACAAGUAGGACUAAGAAGCAUCACAACUAUCAAUACAUAGAGCAACUGAAUUAUAGUUUAGCCCUAUUUAGAUCCACAUAGUAACAGUAAUAGUUACAAAAGUCAUACAAAUAAGAUUAGAACUUGCUUAAGUUAUAGAAGCAUGAAAAUUUUCAAAGUUGCAGAUUACAAUAUUGGUGGAAUUUGGUUUAGCAUGGAUCACCAUAACUACUUUCAAUUUAGAAACUACUAAGAGGUUGAACAUAAAUAUUGAUUUUCCAAAAUAGCCUAAAACUGAGCU